UCAGCCUGAGGACCCCCAGCGGUUCCGGAAGCCGCUAAAGGAUCCUGAUGUAACGUCUGACGUCACGACUCAGUUUCUAUAUAUUUGACGGAUCUGGAGAAUAUUUUUAGAAGCACCUGAAAAGCAAAAAGCCAGAAGCUCCUCAAGAUAAGAGAUUUUUGUUCCACCAUCCACCACUGAAGUCAUGGAGAACAUCACAGCAUCGUAUCCAACCUUCUAUGGCAUUUCCGAUCCAACCUCCAAUGUCACUUCCAAUCCAACCACCAAUGUCACUGACUAUGAUUAUUAUGACUAUGAGGACUAUGUAAAAUCCCCUCUGGAUUACUUCACUUUGGUGGUCUAUUCUUUGGCUUUUCUACUAGGGACUACUGGGAACGGCCUGGUCCUCUGGUUCACUAUCUUCAAGAUGAAGAAGACGGUCAACGUCAUUUGGUUCCUUAAUUUAUCCAUCGCUGACUUCACUUUCACCUUGUUCCUCCCCUUAAGCAUCAUUUACUUGGCCACAGACCUCAGCUGGGUCUUCGGGACCUUCAUGUGUAAGCUGAACAGUACGGUAGCUUUCAUAAAUCUGUUUGCAAGCGUCUUCCUGCUCGCCGUCAUCAGUAUAGAUCGUUGUAUCUCCGUCAUCUUCCCGGUUUGGUGUCAAAAUCACCGAACACCAAGACUGGCUUCCUUCGUUGUCACAGGUGUUUGGAUCCUGGCUAUUAUACUUAGCUUACCAUACUUUAUAUUUCGAGACACCAUUACGUAUAAUGAUGGCUACCGUUGCUAUAACAACUUUGCACUUGGAGACUCAGAAGAUAUUGGUAAAUCCCGGCACAAGGGGACAAUCAUAUACCGAUUCAUUAUGGGAUUUUUAAUUCCUUUCACCAUCAUUGUCACGUGUUAUACUGUGAUUGGCAUGCGUAUCCAUCGAAACCACAUGACUACCUCCACCAAGCCCUUCAAAGUCAUACUCGCUGUGAUAGUUUCUUUCUUCAUCUGUUGGGUUCCUUAUCAUAUCUUCUCCUUCUUGGAAUUGUUUGCACUCUACCGAAGGGAUGGCUACUUGGUUCAAGAAGUUCGUCUUGGGAUUCCUCUUACCUCCAGCCUGGCAUUCAUGAACAGCUGUGUCAAUCCUUUUCUCUAUGUUUUUAUUGGCCGGGACUUUAAGGAAAAAUUCUGGCGGUCCAUGCACUCCAUAUUUGAGAGAGCUUUCAACGAGGAUUCAGAGAAUAAAGACCUCAAGAGCAAGACCAAGUCUACAUCUGACUCCCAACUGUUCUAGUUCAAAGUCACCUUCACAUCUAAAAUUCAUUUUGGACUGAAUGGCUUAAAAAGACAAUCCAUGACUAUUACUGUGCCUGGUCUGUAAAGGAUUAGUAAUUUGGUGUUUGGUCCUGUAUUCCUGGUUAAAGGCCCCCAUCAUAUUGUCAAAAAGUGUGAGACACUUUCUAACUGGAAAAAUCAAACUUUGAGAUAUCUUUUAAUUCCUACCACUUUAACGCACAUACAGAUGGGAUCAUGGACAAGUUGCCCUAAUAAAAAACAAAGCACACGGAGCGCUCCCUGUGUGGAAUCAACAAUGGAAAUACACUGGGUGGAGAUCUCUUCAGAAACUCGCUCACCUGGCUGUGUUGUGCUGGAGAGGCACAACACUCACAAACGUGUGUGAAGAUGAUACCGAUUGCAGCGGCUUCCCAUGCUGGCUAGCAAGCGUGAAGACAGUGAAGAGCGAAGAUACACACAGGAAGGUGGAAGCUGAGGUCGCGCUGUCGAGGAAGGAAGGUAGGUCCAGGACUAUAGUAGCAAUUACU